UGGCCAUCAGUCUAUACCAACAUUGAUAUUAUUGUCAAUCAGGAAACUCCCUCUCACCAAGAUGUCACAUCCACCCCAACCCUUCUGGAUUCAUUAGUGAGCCUGGGUUCUCACAAUGCUAAAUUCCUUAUUCCAGAUCUGGGGGCCGAACUGGCUUAUUCCCCAGGCACCAUGAUUUUCCUAUCAGGAAAAAUCCUUCAACAUUCUGUGCCAAAGUGGGAGAAGGGAGAAAGAAUUGCAUUG